GUUACCCGCAAGCCGGUGUGAGCGCGCAGAGUGGGAAUGGAGGUCUCGAGGCCCUACUUUUUUGGAGAUAUAGGAUGCUGGGCGGAGCGCACCGAGGUGCACAAGGCCGCUUUCCAGGGUCACGCCCUGCUGCUGCGGCAGCUCAUCGAGAGUGGUGCGUCCGUUAACAUUGUGGCCGUGGACUCCAUCACCCCGCUGCACGAGGCCUGUAUGCAGGGACAGACGCAGUGUACAAGGCUGUUGCUGGACGCUGGUGCGCAGGUUGAUGCCCGCAACGUAGAUGGCAGCACGCCGCUGUGUGACGCCUGUGCCGCAGGCAGCCUGGAGUGUGUGAAAUUGCUGUUGGAACAUGGAGCAGCAGCAAACCCCACCCUCACUUCCCGCACUACCUCACCCCUCCACGAAGCUUGUGUGGGAGGUAACUCGGACUGUGUUCGGCUCAUGGUUGCCGAGGGCGCCCACCUGGAGGCGUAUGACCUGUACUUUGGAACCCCGCUGCACAUCGCUUGUGCGAAUGCACAUGUGGACUGUGCCAAAGUGUUGCUCAAUGCAGGUGCCAAUGUGAAUGCAGCUCGCCUGCACGAGACGGCUCUUCACCACGCAGCCAGGCGCAAGAGCGUGGAUCUGAUCGAGAUGUUGCUGGAGUUUGGGGGGAAUGUGUACGCCAGGGACAAAUAUGACAGGAAGCCUAUCGACUACACCAGACCUGGCUCACCCUCGGCUCUCUGCCUGGAGUUUUAUGAAAGAACACCACUGAGUCUGCAGCAGCUGAGCAGGGUCUCUCUGAGGAUGGCGUUGGGUACGAGAGCUUUGGAGGUCGUGUCCAAACUCAACAUCCCCAGCCGGAUCAUUAAGUACCUCUGUUAUUGCUGAAGAAACCACCAUUUUCCACGUGACGUGUACGCACAAGGAACUGCAUUUUUACCGACCACCUGAAGCAUCACCUAGUACAACUGCUGUUACGGUUCCCCAUGCAACUAUAGACAGACACACAAACGCACACGCACGCACACACGCACAACUCAGAGCGCAAACCUCCGGGAAGUACAAGAGGGAAGCGAAGGGCACAUGCUCUUGUUUUCCACACACGGGUGUCUGAUUAUUUUGGUGGAAAGAAUGUGUCCAUCAUACACUGGUCUGUGCUUUUAUGUACUUAGAAGUACAUGUCCCUGCUAACCUGAUGUUCUUUGAGGAGACAGGACAAGGACAUGCAAAGCUGACAGGUUCAUGGUGUGCAGGAGCAGACAUUGCAAGCUCCUUCAGUGAGGGAAACCAUUUUAAUGACAGUUCCUGCACAUCUGUCACCUUUGCGAAUAGCAGCAUAGCGGGCGGAUUUGAGAGAGAUGCUCUCCAGAUGUUCCUGGUGUCUUGGAUAUCUUGGUGACCAGCUUUCUUUGAAGUGUCAUCACAGAUGGAAUUGUUUCUCUCAAGCUGCAGAGCUCAUUCAGCGAGAGCGUCUUCGCCCCUCUGGUUGAAGUCCUUUACAUGAUGAAAAAUCAGCAGAACCCAUGAAAAUGGGAACGGUCUUUAGUUACAGUGUUUGUUGUGCCUGCCGACUGAGUUCUUUUUAAAUCCAUCUUUUUAACUGCUCAGAGGGAAGUAAAUAUUUGCCCUCCAGUGCUCUGCUGGCAUUCAGAGCUAAUUCAGGUGGACGCACACAGUUGCUGACUGCAACACUGUUUUUACAACCGUUUACAAGCUUUUUUCUCCAGAAACAUUAAUGUAAACUUCAGUUUUGUACCAAAUGGUCAGAAUUACACAGCAGGAUGUUUUGCUGGCACUCUUCAGGUUAUUUACCUUGAUCAGAGGUUAGUGUUAGUAACCCGUGCUUCUGUCCAAGCAGCCAGCCCGUUCCUGUCCGGAGAGCUUCCCUCACCCUGAAACCUCAGUUCUGCGAAAAGCCUGUCUGCCCUCGGCCACUGGUGAGGAGGGUCAGUGUGUCGCCACUGAGGAUGAAGGGAUGUGUGUUGUAGAUGCUGGAACUGCCGCUCAGGUUUGACUGCGGCUUUCGCACAGGAAGCAGUGCAUGAUGGGAGCAGGGCCUGUGCGUGAUUUUCACAAAGACUUUCAUAAUGUCCCAAAUGGAAACUGAAAUAAGCUGCGAUUUAUGUUUAAACUGGUGGAAUUUUUACUUCAAACGCUCUGAGCUUUUCAGCAAAAUAAGCACUGAUGCCUUUGCGAUAAUGGUGCUUUUAAAAAAUAAUGUUUUGUGUCUGAUGGGCUUUUAGUGGUAAGUCAUUUGAAAUGUUGCCCAUGCUUGCAAGGGCCUUUAAAUCUGGCACACUUGUGGUUUUGAUAGAACAGAUUAGAUAGGUUUCUAUAUGGGAAUGUGGUUUACGAGGGAGACGUGAUUGUUUAUUGGGGCAGGCACACAGUGGCACAGCUACAGAGAUUUGUGUGUAAACAGGGUUUCAUGCUGGUGCUCUAAGUUCUAAAAAAUUUAAAAAAGGAAAUAAAAGCUAGCAAUUCCUAAUGAGGGAAGUGUCAUUCUCUUCAUUUAUGUGAUUUGCUGCUUCGAAUGCCAUUUCUCUUCUUUUUCCUCUCUUGCUUUCCAGACUUUGUGUAGGACAGGAAACAACAAAGGCAGAACCUACCUGAUUUACUGGUACUUAAGUGUUUUUUUUAAAAGUUAGAAAUAUAUUUACAUGUAUUCUUUUAA